AUGGUCCAAACGUCAACCGUAGUGACGGCCACCGUCGCAACCGCCGCCACAGGCAUCCUCGCGUACGCCCUCUACUUUGACUACCGCCGCCGCAGCCAUGCCGAGUUCCGCCGCGAUUUAAGGAGAAACGAGCGCCGGCAGGUUCGCGCCGAAAAGGACGAGGCCGAGGCUUCGACACGCGCUCAGCGGGAUGCCAUCAAGGCCAAGGUUGAUGAGGCCAAGGAGGAGGGAUUCCCCACUGGUGUUGAAGAGCGCGAGGCCUACUUUAACGAGCAGGUUAUGUCGGGAGAGAUGCUGAGCUCGGAUCCUUCCAAGGCUGUCGAGUCCGCUCUUGCCUUCUACAAGGGCCUCAAGGUCUACCCUGCCCCUGGGGACCUGAUCAAGAUCUACGACAGCACCGUCCCCAAGCCUAUAUUAGACAUCCUCGCCGAGAUGAUUGCAUACGACUCCAGCCUGGACAUUCGCUCCCGCCCCUCAGGUGGCAUCAACCUCGGCGACAUUCCCAACGUCGGCCUCGACUAA